AAAUGUGUAACAAAAACGGUGAAUUUUUGAUACUUACGACCAUCCGUGGACACUGUGUAUAUCUACCUAGGUAUAGCUAGUCUGAAAAAUAAUCUGUGUCCUGAUACCUAUUGUCUUGUCUAGAUGACUAUUGGCCAUAGAGAACAAUGUAGUAUGGACAAAUGUAUCUUGUACACAGCACAUUUUCAAAUACGAAUUUCAGUUGGUCAAAUAUGAUAACAUCUAUGCAAUUAAUUUUUUUGAAUUUAUUUGUUUUGGACAUAUUUUUUUAUUGUAAGUCAGUUUAGUGUUUUCAGCUAGUGUUUAGCUCAUUUUGGAAUCUUUUUCGGAAUUGAAAAAUAUCCCCUAUAUAAUCCUAUACAGAGGAGUAGGCACCAAUAUUGAGUUAUAAUCAGUAAUCGCUAAAUCACACGAAAUUAUGGUUCGGUUACGUACUUAUGUGCAUUACUUUUGUUUUUUCUAUCUAAACUCAAUAGUGCACGUAAUGAAUAAAAUAAAUUUUCUCUAUUAAUAUCGAACACGUACAUUUUGAAGAAUUCCAUUAUUCUAUCCCACUCCGGAAUGAUGCCUCAACAAUACUUAAUAAAGUCUCCAACGUGGGCUCGUUUCCAUUUAAUAUAGGUAUAAUAGGUAAUCAAAUACAACCGAAUUCAUCCUCGAACACGGUCUUAUUGAUUACGAAAAUCGUGUACUGUAUACAGCGUGAUCCCAUAAUCUUGCUCAUUUUUACAUUUUUUCUUUGUUAAUAGAUAUUAAAAACUACUAUAAUUGUCGAUUUAUCAUGGGCAUUGCGUCCAUAAUCCGUAUCUUUCAAUCCUAUUACUAUGGACCUAUUAUCCCAAAUUCUUAAGUAGGUACCUACAUAAAGUUAGGCAAUCAAAACCUACUCGUUCGAAUUUUGAUUUUGACCUACAUCAUAGUUUUCAAAAGUCAUCUGCUUAACAAUUUACGGGAAUAGGGAUAGUUCAAAUUUGAAAAAAAGUCUGACACUUCUUAAUUGUUAUUCAAUUCUAUGUAUUUUUAAAAGUAUGGUUAUUAUAAGUAUACUUGUAAAUUCGAAAAACAGAAUUCGAAUGUAUUCACUGUGGAAGAAAGAAACUAGGACGAGCACGGCCGCAGUAAUGGACUUUGGAGGUAACACUGCAAUAAUUGUUGGCCGUGUUUCGAUGGUUGGCGGGGCACUGCAGCACGAAAUUGCGAUUUCAUAAAAGUACCGUUAUCGCCUCAGCCGCCACGCUCAUAACAUCGUUAUCACCCUCGCUGAUAACGACGGCGACGACGACAACAAACAUCGAAAACCGACGGCGGAGAAGGUUGCGUGGUGUUGACCGGUUCGGCGGUCCGAGCUAUACUGCCGAUACCAUACGUGGUGGACCAUUAUUUUAAUAAUAAUAAUAUUGUAAAAUCGUUAUUGUCCGAUACGCAGUGGCAGCGUACGGUCCGCGUAAACAAAUAGUACGACAAUGACGCGCGACCCGUCCGGACAGCGUUUUCUGACGUGCGCCGCCGCCGCUGCCCUGCUGCUGAUAGUGUCCUGGACGUCCAUGACCACGACGGCCGGCCGGCACGUGUCUAACCUGAACGGAAACUGCAUGCGGUGCCUGUGUUACGCGUCAACCCUGUGCAACGCGACGGUCGGUUGUUCACGUGGUUACUGUGGUCCUUAUUACUUGUACCGCAAUUACUGGAAGGACGCCGGCCAGUUGGUGUUACAGGACGACGACCCGGACCGGGACCAGGCGUUCGUGGACUGUGCUUCAAACGUCGAAUGCGCUCAAAAGGUCGUCGAGAACUACAUGGUCAAAUGGGGACGGGACUGCAACAAAGACGGCGUGACGGAUUGCGACGAUUACGCGAGGAUUCACUUCAACGGCCGCGAAGACUGUUCGGCCAUCGAUAACACCAAUUUCUGGAGGCGAUACGAAACGUGCCGGCCGGCCAACACCAGAGGAAAGUUUAACUGAUGUACCUAUCGAGAGACCAAACUACGCGAGCUCAUUAAUACUUACUACUUAUUACGAUGUUAUUAUUUAUAUUAAAAUUAAAAUGUACUGUAUAAUAUUAUAUAUUGUUGCUAUGUGGAAAAGAUA